UGAACACAAAGCACCUGUUGCUGCCCUCCAGCCUCAACACAAACCACCGUGAAGACUCCUCUCCAGCUCUCUGAGUGUGACUGCGGCUGCUGCAAAGCAUCAUCAGACAGUAACCAUGGCUUCCUUCAUGUGCAAGACUCUGGUUUUAUUCAUCAUCAUCUGCACAGCUCUGCAAGAGGGUUGUGGGCUCCCCUUAUCAGACCGGGCAGAGCUGCCAGCUCAGGCUCCUCAUCCACACCGCGUCAGGACCAAGCGCUGCUCCUGCAGCAGCUGGGAUGAUAAAGAGUGCAUCUACUUCUGCCACCUGGAUAUUAUCUGGGUCAACACGCCGAGUAAACUUCUCCCUUAUGGCCUUGGAAGUCCCCAGUCUCGCCGCCGCCGUCGGUCAGCUGACCGAUGUGAAUGCCUCGACACUGCCGAUAAAACCUGCUCCGGCUUCUGCCACACAAGCUCACACAGUUCAAGGAGUGAGGACGUGGGUACGUUGGUGCAAUCUGCAAACACAAACAGGAACAAACUUCUGGAGUCUUUCAGAACUGUUGUCAAGUCCAACAUGGCGGUCGCAAAAAGUGCUCAGUCAUCAAAGCAGAACCUAGGUGGAGUGAACAGGACGAGGAGGUAAAGGACCAAGGAAGCACCUAAAGCACUCCAUCUCUAAUGGACUGCAGACUCAUCCAGCUGCCUUCAGUGACAGCGUCAGAGUUUUAACAGCUCUGGGGGAUGCAGAGGAGGAAGCAUAAAGUGCAGAGGAUCAAACAUUUGAUGAAGAAAACAGAGCUGUAAAGGACUGGCAGCUCACCAAGACUGAAGCCCUUCAGCAACAGAAAGCUUGGGUGGAGAUGUUUGGAGUCAUUCCUGCACUCUGUGAACUUUUUUUGAACUUACACGCCAAAGGAAGGAUCCGUUAAAAUCCAAGGACGCAGGGAAUCAUGGAGGAGCUGCGUCAGGAAACACUAAUGGGUCACUGAUCCGUGUGCCUUUGGGUCCUUCGUGGUGACUCGUCUGAUGGGACACUUUUAAAUCCUCCUGCCAUCUGAGUGGAUAACAGAAUAUCACUGAGUCACGUCAGCCCUGUCCUCGGUUGGGAAUUGUUUGUCAUUGUUUCUGUCACUGCUGACCUUUUGGUCCAGUGUAAUCCUCCUCUGUAUCAGAGCUGGGAUCUGUCCUCCUGCCUAAUGUUUAGGGACAAUUAGCAUGUAGCUUUCUGAGUUAUCAGGCAGUACUUGAAAUCGGCAGCUUGUCUACUGUUCACAAUGCUUCAGUGAAACGAAGGUCGUCUAUCUAACAAACAAUAAGCUUUAUACAAGGCCCAUUGUCAGCACCAUAUACUGCAUACUUUCUGCUGAACAACAGCUACAGUAACUCUAUUGUGUUGGCCCGUGUGUUUAUUGCAUAUGUCCUGUUUAAUGUUUUCAUUGAAGAUAAGCCAGAAGGUUUCAAUAAUGUGCCGCUUGCCAAAAAUGCGACAAUUGUUUUUCUCUCCUGACAAAUGUUUCCUUAAUCCCUCUGUGAUUGGUCUCUGGGGGAUAAGGACUCUUAACUGGUGUUGUGCACUUCAGAAGCUGUUUGUCCACAUCCUGCACUUUUUCUCUGCACCGUUAUUUUGUCGUCAACGCACGGACACGUGGAACUUUAAACCUUCACGAUCAGUCAGAACACAUUCAUCCUCAAAUAUCGAAAUGCUGGAUGUGUCAUGUUUGUACUCGCUCAGACGUUUACUGUUCAUGCCGAAUAUUGAAUAAUUGAACUUUUAUUUAUUCUCUAACUUAUUCAGAGGUUUAUUUAUAUUUUCAUGAAUGAUGCACUGAUUCAUGCAAAAGAAAAUAAAAGAUGCAACAAAA